ACCUGCAAAAGAUACAAAUCUGUUAGUUCUUUGACAGAGAUGCAACAACAUGGUGUUGUCAUGGCUGCUUAACUCCCUAAGUAAGGAUAUAGCAGAAAGUGUUAUUUACUCACAAACAGCAUCUGAGCUGUGGAAUGAGCUUGAAGAAACGUAUGGACAGGCUGAUGGGACCAAGUUAUUCCAACUACAGAGGGAACUAAACAACAUUACUCAAGGAUCCUAUGAUGUAGCAGGCUAUUUCAACAAGUUGAAGAAAAUCUGGGAUCAGAUGAAAGAAUUAAACACCUACAUGACCUGCAGCUGUGAGUGUAAAUAUGGAGCUAAAGAACAUAAUCAUAAGGUGAAUGAGGAUCAAAAACUGAUCCAAUUCCUAAUGGGACUAAGUAAAGCAUACAAUGGAGCAAGAGGAAAUAUACUCAUGAUGAAGCCUCUACCUACAGCAGCCCAGGCAUACUCUAUAGUACUACAUGAAGAGUCUCAAAGGCGAGUACAUUCUAGCAAUCAGUUGCCUAUUGAUGCAUCAGCUUUUCUUAUGCAAGGGCAAAAAUGGACGUCACAGAAGAAAGUUUUUGAGUCCAAAGGUGGAAAUCAGAUUGUUCAGGUAGAUGGAAAGAAGAGUGAUCUCUUUUGCAGGUACUGCAAAAAGUCAGGACAUCUCAAGGAAGACUGCUACAAACUAGUGGGAUAUCCACAACACUUCAAAUUUACCAAUGGCAGACAGAAGAAGGGGAACCCAACAAAUCAAUAUGCAAAUGUUGUCAAUUCAGAAGAGUUGCUUACCUCUGGAAAUGCAGGAAAUAAUCUGAACACUCUUAUAAGCAACCAAACUUUCACCAAGGAGCAGUGUGAGAAACUGGUGCUGCUCUUCCAGUCUAUGCAGGGAGGAUGUCCUAGCGCUUCAAUUUUCGAGCCCAGUGCAAGUGCGGACCUGGCUGGUCCCUUCAUUGAAGAGGGAUCUAGUUUUUGGUGAUGCCAAUGCAGGGCUCUAUGUGCUAAGAGAGAACAUUUCACAGCAGAAUUCUAC